GUUACACCCAAACGUGGGUUUCGAAGGCGCGGAAUCUUCCGUACAGACCGAUUUAAGGCUGCGAGGAAGGGGUCAUGGGAGCAUGGCUUUCCCUGAGCCAAAGCCGCGGCCUCCGGAGCUGCCGCAGAAACGGUUGAAGACGCUGGACUGCGGGCAAGGGGCGGUACGAGCCGUACGAUUUAAUGUGGAUGGCAAUUACUGCCUGACGUGCGGCAGUGACAAGACCCUGAAGCUGUGGAACCCGCUUCGGGGGACGCUGCUGCGGACGUAUAGCGGCCACGGCUACGAGGUGCUAGAUGCGGCCGGCUCCUUUGACAACAGCAAUCUCUGCUCCGGCGGCGGGGACAAGGCGGUGGUUCUGUGGGAUGUGGCAUCAGGGCAGGUCGUGCGCAAAUUCCGGGGCCACGCAGGGAAGGUGAACACGGUGCAGUUUAAUGAAGAGGCCACAGUUAUCCUGUCCGGCUCUAUUGAUUCCAGUAUCCGCUGUUGGGAUUGCCGCUCACGGAGGCCUGAGCCAGUGCAGACGCUGGACGAGGCCAGAGAUGGCGUGUCCAGCGUGAAGGUGUCAGACCACGAGGUCCUGGCAGGCUCCGUGGACGGCCGCGUGAGACGCUAUGACCUGAGGAUGGGGCAGCUCUUCUCAGACUAUGUGGGCAGCCCCAUCACCUGCACCUGCUUCAGCCGGGACGGGCAGUGCACCCUGGUGUCCAGCCUGGACUCCACGUUACGCCUCCUGGACAAAGACACAGGGGAGCUGCUGGGCGAGUACAAGGGCCAUAAGAACCAGGAAUACAAGCUGGACUGCUGCCUGAGCGAGCGUGACACACAUGUGGUCAGCUGCUCUGAGGACGGGAAGGUGUUCUUCUGGGACCUGGUGGAGGGUGCCCUGGCUCUGGCCUUGCCUGUGGGUCGCGGUGUGGUGCAGUCGCUGGCCUACCACCCCACAGAGCCCUGCCUGCUGACCGCCAUGGGAGGCAGCAUCCAGUGCUGGCGGGAGGAGGCCUAUGAGGCAGAGGAUGGAGCAGGCUGAAGACAGGGGACCCACCACCAGGACCAAGGACCGAGACACAGACGCAGAAGGACUUCAGAGACCAUCUUAUUCUAGACACAUGGCAGACCAAAAAGUAGGGGAGGGGCUGGGUCUGCAAAUUAAUAAAUAGAGGACGGGGUAAGACCUUCCUGGGACCGCA